AUUUUAGGUGCUGAAAUCAGUUUAACAAAUUCGUAUUCUGCUUAUUUGAGAUAAUAUUUAGAAAUGGGACUACUAGCGUUUAAAUAGAUCCCAGAAUUCUACUUUGCUAUUUUUAUUAUAAAUUUAUACAUUUUCCAGAAUAAUAUAUAAAACGACAGGAAUGUGAUACUAUUUUGGUAUUGGCUAGUGGGAUGAGAUGGAAAAUGACAAUGAUAGUGGCAUUCACCUCCAUCACGUAUUCCUGUUAUAUGCCUUUAUGUUUAUUUGAGGGGCAACUUUACCUUUCUAUCUCCUGGAUGUUGUUUGAACACUAAGUGUGAUGGCAGUACAGGAAGCUCGAGGGGGCUGUGCACAGGAGAGCAGUAUUCCAUCCCUGGAAGGUGAUAAAGCUCUAGAGGCAAGGUUCGAGUGUCCAAUCUGCUUGCAGUGUCUCUCAGAGCCUGUGCUGACACCAUGUGGACACCGUUUCUGUAAUGCUUGUAUUCACAAGUGGCUACAGCGUGAGGGUGGGGUGUGUCCUGUGGAUAACAUGCCUCUCAACGCAGAGAAGGACCUCUUCCCAGACAACUUCACCCGCAGAGAGAUUCAGGAGCUGGACGUAAAAAAACCACAGAAAGGACAAGACUUGGGUUCACAGAUGGUUGACUGCAGUUUCCGAGAAGUUGGCUGUCUGGCGUCGGUGCACCCAGAUGAGCUGGUAACACACCUUGACACACAGAUACACUACCACACGAGUCUACUGAAUGCAGCGUAUAGCAAGUUGCAGGUCUCCAUGCAGGAGAAGAAGGUGGAUGCAAAGGCACAGGAAGCUAGCAACCUUUGGGAGCCCGACAGCAAGGGGCACAUGAAUGGGGAUGUUCAGCAGUCUUGGCAGGGACUGUUGCGAUCACUGUAUGAGCGCAUCGUGGUGCUGGAGCAGAGGAACCGAGAGCAGGACAUCCAACUUGAAAACAUGAAACGACAGCUGUUUGCCAACAUUGACCAGGUUUCGCAGGACCUUGCUUUGCGGUACUGCAAUGGCACUUACUUGUGGACAGUGACGCAGAUCUCAAAGAAGUUGGUGUCCAUGGCAACCAAUCCCACACGCUCAAUGUUCUACAGCCCAGGGUUUUACACUGCCCCUAAUGGAUACAGGUUUUGUGCGCGGUUGAAUCUUUCUCCAAAUGACCAUUCUCACAUCGCCCUUCACAUACACCUCAUGCGGACAGGUCACGAUGAUUCUCUUUCUUGGCCGUUCACUGGACGUAUCACUUUUAUGCUUGUGAAUGCCACGGACUCUAGUCGACAUAUUUGUGACACGGUGAUGUCACGUCCAGAACUACAUGCUUUUAAGCGUCCGCUGAGGGACAUGAACCUACUUGGAUUCGGAUAUACCGAGUUUGUGUCUGUGCAUGAUCUGUUAAUAUCUACUCAGGGAUUUGUGACUCCUGAUGACAGCAUUCUGAUCAAACUGCAUAUUCUCAGUGUAUGACGUGGAAAGUGUAUGGCCUGGUUUCUUUUCAGGUCAGUAUUCUUUAUUUUAUUGUUUGAUAGUUUGAAGAACCUGCAUGUGAGGGAUAGUCAGUGCCCUUGGAAACUAAAGAUUUUAUUUAAUUCAUAUGCCAGUAUGGUGCCUUUAUAUCCCUUCAUAUACAGCUGCUCUAUUGGUUUAGUUUUUAUUUUAACACAUGAAAACAAGUUACUGACAGUAAUGUCUUUACAAAGGUUAUUGCAUGCCUUGUUGAAUAAGAGACACACUGCAGGUUUGUAGUGAUAUUGGCAUGUAUAAAGACAACUUUUCAAAGCUUAUUGCUGUUACAACGUAAAGUACGAUGAUAAUGAAUUGAAAGAGUAAGAUGUUAUUCUGAUAGUUCAUUGUGACUGACUUGUGGGUUGUAGUGUCUUUUACUCUCAUAAUGGAAGUAGCAGUAACCUAUGAAAUGUUAGUAAACUUAUACCACACUACACAGUGCUACAAUCCAGAAGGUAGCAAUUUUCUAGGUCAGAAAUCGUCCAACCAGAAAUAUUUGCCAGUGCUAUGGUUUCUGACAGACCUUGAAACAUAUGGGUUUUAACCCUACAAUACAUGAUUUUUGUUUUUGUUUUAAAUGAAAAUAGUAUUUUUAAGCAGUUGUGCAGGACUGUGAUCCAUGAAAAAAUAAUACAAAAAGUUUCAGUGUGAUUUUAUAUUUUUAUUGAAUUAUUAAUUUUUGCUAAAAGGGUACACUGUGCACUGGGAUCAAGUUCAGUCUGUAUUUCUAUUUUAUUACUCAUUUUUUUAUUUAGAGUAUAAUGAUUUUUUCUAUAGCAAGCUGACGUGCCAUAAAAUAUCCGCUUCAAGCCAUAAAACUGCGAAUUCACUUAUCUAUAGAAAUGGAAAUCAAACUCAACAUUUCAAACAUGAAAUAAUAAAUCAAACUGUCGUAAAACAAAGCAAAUAUCUGUAACAGUGAUGAUGAUAAUAUUAUAUAAAAAGUAAAUAUU